CGACUGGAGGCACUCUGGUGGCCUUGCAUCUUUCCUGCGGGGCGACUGCAACGGCUUCCCAGCUUCCACCUGCGCAGGAGAAGUUUUAAUUGUCAUUCGCGUCUAAAGUCCUCCAGGACGGCGCGACACGGACCAUGAACGGUGACGAAGGCGGAGAGACAGCUACAAUGCCCGCCGCGAACGGGGAACUGCAUCCACCAGCUGCAGAGGUCUCUGCACCAGCAACUCCAGGAAAGCGAAAGCGCAUCUCUAGUCCGGAGGAAUCGGCGCAAGAUGACGCUGCUUCUGCUGUUCCACAGAAGGACAGUGAACCCAUCGAAGAUACGCUACGGUAUCUCGUAACAAUAUUGGCCAAGGACGAUGUCGAUCUGGGCCUCUUGAAAUGCUCUUUGACCUCAGCCUCACCCACGAAACCACGCUCGAAGCGCGCAAAGAUCACUGGAGAUAAGGACGAGACGAACACUAUAGAAUCGAAGGCAACCUCUGGUGUUUACAAGGGAAUUCAGGAUUUCUUGGAUGAUGUGGAGAAAGCUUCUUCGUCUCUCAUUGACCGGCUGCCAAGCGGGGAAUCAAAUACUGCUCUAGUCGCUCGUAUAGCAGCUUUCAAGAGACGUAUGAAUAAUCUUCUUUUUCAGACGUCUCUCUUGAAGAAGUCUGUGAUCAAAGCAGAGCCCUCCGACGAUGCCGCGACCCCGGCCGAGAGCCCAGCUGUGAUCAAGGGGGAGCGAGAAGAUAAGGUCGCAUUGACCUUGUUCGGGAAUCCUUCGAAUCCGAAGCACCUCUUCUCAAGUCUCCAGAGACCAUUGAAAGUAUCCCUUUCUUCCGCACCCGGAAAGGAGCGCUAUGUGGACCUUAACGCACAUCUGCGCGAGAGUGCGUUGCCCAACGGAAUUACAACAACUAAAGUGGCUCCCUUCAAUAUCGAAGCCCAGCCUGAAACUAGGAGAACCUUGGGUGAAGUAUUUGCGCCUCCUUCAACGCUACCCCAGCUAGAGGCCCCUCGCAAGACGAGGUCAUGGCCUAGACAGUCUUCGAGCAUGUGGAUUGAUCCCUUUGAAGCAAUUACUAACAUCAAGACCAUUCCGGGGGGGAACAACAAUUACGGGUUUGCAUCUCUUCCAUCCGGUCAGUGGCUCCAGUAUGGAGGGGCUACCUCUUCUCCAUCUUACUGGAGCCGAAAACAGAAGCAACACAAUCAGAAUGGCGAAGAUAAAGAUUCUACGGAGAAACAGGAAGAAAUUCCGAUCUCACCUGAAGAUGUCUCUGACCUUGUCCACGGAGCGUACUCCUCCUUUGCACCUUCAUUCGACAGCUCCGGGGCUAUCGUCCAAUCGCAUUCUAAAAAUCUCGUGUGGUAUGCUAAACGGGGGGCGCGACGCUUCAGAACAUUGGUAGCUCUGCACAACACGGCUGCUGAGCAGGAAUACCCAGCACUGGAGGGUGGUCUUGACGAAAGCUCUCUUGAGGAUGCUGUUAGGACGUUCGAACCCGACAGCCUGCCUGAAGAGAAACCCAAAGAUGAGGAAGGAACUGAAUCUAAAGAACUGGAUGACGUCCUACGUGAAGUCUCCGAACUCCUACAGACACUGAACUCAUAUAAUCAAAUCCGCAGCCUCGAUCCGUCCAUUACAAACCCGGCCAACUCGGAGUCCAAAGAUCCUGCAAAGGAUGUUGCUAGCGCAGACGUUCCAUCCUCAGCAGAAAAGGAAAUCUAUGAGACACUUAAAUCUAGUUUGGCUGCCAUUGUUGCCACCCUUCCUCCUUACGCAGUUGCAAAGUUGAACGGUGAACAGCUUGCCGAUUUGAACAUCACCCAAAAGAUUGUGAUUAAGAACCCUGAUUACCAUGGUACAAUGGAACAGGAUGACUACACUACCCAACAGAUGCGCCUAGCAGCAGCAGCAGCUCCCGCUGCUGCGGGGGCAACUAGAACAUCGACACAUAUAGCUCCGUCCUCGCGAUCGGGCAGUUUCCAAGGCACUCCGGGAGCCGUUGGCGCGUACAACCAAAGGGUGUAUCCAUCUAAUGCACGAGUACCGCCGCCCGCAGCAGGUUAUCAGGCCGGCCAGCAGUACUACGCGGGGAGGCAAGCGUCAGCUUCCAGUCCGUAUACCCCUGGCACUCCUCAGGCAUAUGGAGGUGCUCGACCAGCAGUUCCUCCAGCAGGGCGCCCAGGCUUCGUGCCGCCUUAUUCUCAACCCGCCGCCACACUGCAGCAGUUCCAAAGAGCCGGUCCAAAUGGUUACGGCCCAUAUUCUACGGCGCAAGGAGCACCAGCGGCCCAGGGCUCUCCGCAAGCGUACGCAGCGCGACCUGGUCAGCCUGGAGCGUAUAAUGCCUCUUUUGGUGCGGCACGAAGUGCUUCCCCUCAAAAGCCACCUGGAUAUGCCACCCCUCAAUCUCGAAUACCGUAUGUAAACGCCGCUUCCAGCAACCCGCAACAACGAUACCAUCCGCAGCAGCAACCUCCGCACUACGGAGCCUACGCUCCAAACCAGACUUCCCCUCCUCCUGCUGCGGCCUACUCGAACUCCGCAACACCUGCGAAUUAUUCUCGAAGUGCUGCUGAACAAGCAGCCUUGAUGGAUCGCAACAAAGCUCAGAUAGCUGCAAACCAACAGCGUCAGAACUCUGGGACACCUCAACCGCCUGCACCACAGCACCGGCCGCAGAGUAGUCAGAGCAGUUCACAGGAGAGGAGCGUCACGCCUGGAAGUAAACCGAACGGCACACCUACGCCGGCUGGAAUGAGUCAAUGAGAUGUCCUUAUGGGAUGUGAUGUAAGAUUGAACUGUUGCCUUGACUUUAAGAAGAAAUGCUUGGAUACCCGGACGUGCAAAAUGACGGUGAUUUCGAAAUGCUCCGGAGCUCUUUAUCAACUGGUUUAAUACCAUUCCCAUGGAGCGCUACUACAUGAUACUGAUAGCUUCUGGAGCACAAUUCAAUCUAUCUAAGACCGGUCUUUUCGGGCUUACCUUGCCACCUAAGUUGCUUCCCCCUAUUGUGUUUUAUUAUUCCCGUUAUUAUUGCUUCUUUUCUUUGCUUUCUAUCCCUCUUCUAGUUUUUCCUCCACCUUUGCCACAUUUUAC